AUGUCGUCGUCGGCGUCUCGGCCAGCUCUCGGCCUCGACGAGCGGCUCGGCUACGUGCAGUGCAGGUUCUGCGCCACCAUCUUGCUGGUGAGCGUGCCGUGCAGCGGCCUUCUCAAGAUGGUGGCCGUGCAGUGCGGCUGCUGCGCCGGCGUCCUCUCCGUCAGCGUGGCUUCUCCCCCUCCGCCGCCGCCGCCGCCGUCCCUUCGACUGUAG